AUGGCCAACUAUCUCGCCUCCAUCUUCGGUACCGAGCAGGACAAGGUCAACUGCUCCUUCUACUAUAAGAUUGGCGCAUGCCGCCACGGCGACCGCUGCUCCCGGAAACACGUCAAGCCGUCAUACUCGCAGACCGUCCUGAUGCCCAACAUGUACCAGAACCCCGCCUAUGACCCCAAGAACAAGAUGAACCCGAGCCAGCUCCAAAACCACUUCGACGCUUUCUACGAGGACGUCUGGUGCGAGAUGUGCAAGUAUGGCGAACUCGAGGAACUUGUCGUGUGCGACAAUAACAAUGAUCACUUGAUCGGCAACGUCUACGCACGGUUCAAAUACGAAGAAGACGCGCAGAAAGCCUGCGAUGCACUGAACUCGCGCUGGUACGCCGCCCGGCCCAUAUAUUGCGAGCUCUCACCCGUGACGGAUUUCCGAGAGGCGUGCUGUCGUCUGAAUAGCGGCGAAGGUUGUGUGCGCGGCGGGUUCUGCAACUUCAUCCACCGCAAAGACCCUGGCCCGGAGCUCGACCGGGACAUGCGACUAUCGACGAAGAAAUGGUUGAAGGAACGGGGCCGUGAUGCACGAAGCGUUACUCGGAGCCCGAGUCCAGAGCCGACCCGGCGGAUGUAUUAG